AAAACCCACGGGUGUUGAACGUCCCACAGCAGCAGCAUCAGCAUCAGGUGCCACUAUGCCGCCUUCAGUUUCUCCGGUGCGCACAGAUCACACCAGCAUGCCUCUGUCCGGAUGUGCCAACACGGUGCGGUUGGUCUUCCUGGGAGCGGCGGGUGUCGGGAAGAGUGCUAUCAUCCGCCGCUUCCUCCACGACCGCUUUGAUCCCAAGUACACGCGCACAGUGGAGGAGCUUCACGUGCUGGAGUACGACGCCGCAGGUGGAUCAGGGAAGACGCGUCUGGAGAUUUUGGACACGAGCGGCAGCUACUCCUUCCCGGCCAUGCGGGAGCUCUGCAUCCGACACAGCGACGCCUUCGCUCUGGUGUACGCUGUGGACGAGCCGGGCUCCUUCGCGGAGGUGCGGCGGCUGCGCGACGAGAUCCUGGAACUGAGGUGCGGCAAGAGCGCGCACAUCACCGUGGUGGGCAGCAAGUCGGAUCUCACCGAGGCCGAGGGCCGCGUCCUAUUGGCAAGUGACACCAUGGCCACUGUGGAGGGAGAGUGGGACGUCAACUUCGUUGAAGCGUCCGCGCGCACAGGUGGUAACGCGGUGGGAGUUUUCCGUGCGCUGCUGCAACAGGUGGAGCUGCCGCAGCGGCUGAGUCCCACCGUGUGCAGGCGCAGAGACACGGUGCCCAGAGCCGCAGUGAAGAGGAGGCCACUACUGAAGAAGAACAAGAGCUGCAUCCUGUCAUAGCUUCAUCAGUUUGGUGAUGAAGAUGAUGAUGAGGAGGAGGAGGAUGGUGGUGGAUGAAACUUCACUGUCACUUUAUAUGUAAGCUUUAAUGUGAUGCACUUUACUACGUGUUUAUUUCCAUUUUUACAUGAAUAUCAAUAAAAUAACUUUUGUGACUUUU